UUAAAUAGACGGCAUGUGGAGAGCGGUGGCACUCGAGUUUGUGAAAACCGUUAGUUGAUGAGUUUGUGGAAUGAAUAGUCAAAAAGGCCGCAAGAGACACGGCUGGAGGUAAAACAUGGGAUAUAUUGAGGAAUAAUGCGGCGUGUCAUGUGUAGAUUACAGGAAUAACCGUCUAAUGCAUACAUGUCCCCGUGUUUAGACGUGUGUAAUGCCGCACCACAGCGUGUACCUUUUAUGUAUCUGCCGUUCCUGUUAAACCUGGCUGUGCCGUGUGCGACAGCAGCGGUUUUUCGCCCCAGCAGAUCAGAUUCUUUCUGCGCCAGCCGAGACACAAUUUCCACUGUGCGUAUUUUUCAAUCUUAGCCCCCGUACCACGUCUUUCGCUUCCGCAACGGAAAUGAAGAUAUUACUGUAAAGAUGAAAAAUCUCCUUCGUAUUCCGCAUUUCUGUGUGCUUCCGCAAUCAACGCAUACACCUGGAUGAAAUAAUGGUCAAGUGAUUAUACAGCGGCUGGAAAGUUGAAUAUACGUCUAACUGUGAUAUCCAACUGGUUUAUUCUGCAUUUCUGGGAGAUUGUUUAAUGGUUAAUCCACGGGAAAUACGUCAGCUGGAGACGGCAAACGAGGUCCUGCCUCACAGCCGGUUCGACAAUAUCGUACACGCGGUCAUUUCCUGGACAUAAGUAGGACUGAUUGACCAAUCGAUAAUUAUCGUGCCGAGCAGAAAUCUGCUGUAAAAGCGAUAUCCUGUGAACAACAGCAUCUGGACAUGUUGAUUUAACAUCCAAGCAUGUUAAUCACAUCGACGUAACUGUAAUCAACUGUCGUCUGAUCUGUCAUGCACACUCGCCCUCUCAAUUUUCCGAUUGGCUGCCUAGUGCCGAAACAACUGCCAUGAGACAGUAAUAAUGCCUUCCCCAUUUGCCCAAUGUAUGCUGACCUAUCGCCAAGCCCGAUAAUCACCAACUUUUCUGCAUUGUACUCUCUGUUGUGCAUCUGGUGUCGGGUUCAUUGUGUUGACAUUAUUUUAUCGUUUUUCCACAGGGCAAUAUACAGUACAAUAUUGCUCUGCACUCAUCCAUCGUACACUGCCUUGGCCUUAAUUGCGCAUUCCGCUAACUUGUAAGCGAAACGAUGAAAAGCCCAUUAUCGACGACAAUCGGCUGGCAUCCGUACACAUCACAAUUGCUCAGCGAUGCACACUGGCGUAACGUGGUCCACUGCCGUGUGAACGUUUAUAUAUUGCAUAAAUGCCGUGUACGGACAUUUUGCUGGCACUCCAUGUGCUAAAAAGAGGUCGGGAUUGUGUGAGAUUUUACGAGUUUAUCCUGACUGCACAUGCAGUGGAGCCAGAAAGAGUCCCUUUUUAAGUGACUAGCAACUGGUACAGAAAAGGAAGCGAGCAAGGAUCUUAGCCCAGUGAAAAGGAGGAUUAUAUAAAUCGUACCAGUGACAGCAUGUGAAAUAGCAAGAGGAGAGGGAGAGGAGAAAGAACAGUCUCGUUGGUUACGCGCACCCAUCGAUCGGGUGCGCGCACUCACACACAUACACACUCGGAUCGCAUAUCCCUGUGACCCCUUUUACGCAGCAUCACACCACUAACCCAAUCGAUUCAUCAUGCUGCAGAUGUACGGUCAGAGUCGUAAUACCGGCGGUGGGGGAGGCGGCGUCAGCUCCGGCUUCUCUAAUCCCGGACCACUUCCUGCCGCAUCAUCGUCGGCUACGACAACAGGCGGCAGCGGUGGAGGCGGCGGGAGUAGUGGUGGCAUGCAGGGCAUGGCAGGCUACAAGGUUAUACGCGGCGGGCUACCUGGAUUUAAUGUCAGAUCCACACACCGCGGUCAGUCGCCUACACGCGCUCGCGGCCAAGAGCGGGAUCGCGAGCGGGAUCGCGAUCGAAUGUAUCAGCAAAACUACUCAUCCGGCGCAUCUGGUCUCGAGCGGGAGCGCGGGGAGCGGGACGGGCGGGCGGAACGUGAGCCGCGCCAUCGUGAUCGCAAUGCCUUAUCGACACCUGCAUCGGCCCGUGAGUCGCCCAUUACGCAUGGCGGCGGUGCGGCCAGUGCCGCGGCACGCCGCUCACGCUCCGGCGCCAAUAGCCCACUGAUGUAUCGCAAUCAGAACGAGGUGCUGGAAUCCUAUCCCAGUCGGUACAAUGUGGCCGAACAGCAGCAGCAGUCCUACUUCUCCGAUUCCGCUGCCAUGGGCCACAUGUCCACCCUACCCAAACAGUCGCGCCAGUCCAGCCCGGCACGACGCGGCCAGCUGAACCGGGCACGGAGUUUAACACGCGACGAAUCACUGGACCGGGAACUUGCUCAACGUGCACAGCGCAAUCUCCGCGAUCGCUCAUUGGAUCGAGAGUAUUUUAAUUAUCAGAUGGCCAAUCAGAACUCCUAUGCCACCUACGAUCCACGGCGGGAGGCGCGCGCACGUUUACGGAUUGAUUCCGAUAUGCCGUAUAAAAAUCACCUACUGGAUGGUCAGCAUCCCGGUUUAUAUGACGAUAUGGAUACCGGUUAUAAUGCCUACCAGAAUUCCAUGCCGCAUAAUAUUUCGCACAAUAACCUGGGCGCCUACAGUAAUCCCAUGGUCCGGACCAAUCUCAGUAUGCCCAGCGCGGCGACGAUGCAGGCAGCGGAUGCGGCGCUGGCCAGUAAUUAUGUGAAUUCCCUGAGUAUGAGCAAUAUGGCCGUCAAUCCGGCCCAAUUACGGACCAUGCCGCAGAUGGUCACCACGGUGCUGCCGGCACCGCAGAUGACCACCGCCCAGGCGGCCACGACGGCGGUCACGCCCACCACGACCAGCAAUGUGGUCAACACCAGCGUGGAUCCCCUGCUGACACUGAAAACCCAGCUGCUGGAAUUACAUAAAAUCAAUCAGCAGUUACGUCAGGAUAUGGAGACAGCCUCGCAGAAAUUACAGUCAAGUAUGAGCAGUAUUAAGACCUUCUGGAGUCCCGAGUUAAAGAAGGAGCGCGCACUGCGCAAGGAGGAAAUUGCCAAAUUUGCCCUCAUUCAAGAGCAACUCAGACUUGCUAAUUUGGAAAAUCAAAAACACUCGCAAAUCAUCCAGCAGCUGGAUGACGAGCUGAAGCGGACCAAUCGCGAUCAUCGCUUCAACGGGCCGGCCCUCUAUCAGGAUCUGGAGUCACUGCGGUCAGAGCGUGAACGGCUAAUUAAGGAUAAUCAGAAUCUGCGUGAUACAAUACGUGAUCUGGAGAGUCGUAUGGAUGCUCAACGUUUGACACUGGAAUCACGUGAUGAGAGUAUAAAAAAGCUACUGGAGAUGCUGCAGAGUAAGGCGCCGACGAGUAAUCUGCGCUGGAUCGAAGAGGAAUUCCGCUCCGAUCACGAACGGACACGACAGCGAUUGUUCGAAGCUGAGAACCGAUCACGCCGGCUGGAGGAGAAUCUGCAGAUGAAGCACAGAGAAAUGAGCAAGAUUAAAGAGGACCUCAAUAUGCAAAGCGAAACAUUGCGUCAGCUGCAGAGUCAAUAUGAAUUACUCUUGCGUGAUGGUGACCCGGCCUCUCGUGCCAGCGCCUGGCAGACCAUUGUUGACAUGAAGGAAGCUCGAGUAGCUAGCCUGGAACGGGACAUAAAACUGUUGGAAGACGAACUGAAUCGAUUUCGCGAGCAAACGGCUUCGAUUGAUCGCGACAGGAGGUUGGAGCAUUCACGCCAGGGCGAUAUGCUGAAAAACCAGGAACGACAAAUGAAAGAGCGGAUUGAUGCAUUAAGGGAAGAACUGACACGGAAAGAAACCGAAGUUGCAACAUUAAAGACUAAACUCGAUGCCCAAACGCAGCAGCAGUCGGAUUAUCAGAAGCACAUUUCCGUCCUCAAAGAAUCGAUCACCGCCAAAGACGAACAAAUUAGUGUGCUGCAAUCUGACCUGGAUGAAAUACGCCGGCGAUUAGAAGAAAAAAAUGCCACAAUUGAGAGAAAGACUCGAUCGGAAUCGCAGGCCAUCGCUGACAAAAAUCGCAUUGCGGCGGAACUAACAGAAAUUAAAGAUCAUAUGGACAUAAAAGAGAGAAAACUCAGCGUAUUACAGCGAAAAAUUGAGAAUCUGGAGGAUCUUGUUAAGGAAAAAGAGAAUCAGUUGGAGUUGGCCAAGGGGCGCUUAGCCUCCGUGCAAGUCGAUCAGUCCAGCCAUGAUCAGUCGCUAACCACCCUGGAAGCCGCACUGGCGGAGAAAGAGAAGCAAAUCCAACGGCUGAAAGAUCAACGGGAUCGCUUAGAGAAAGACAAGCAAGAGGAAUCGGAAUUGCAUCAACACGAAAUUAGGGAAUACAAAAUUAAGAUUGACAGCUUGGAGAAAGAAAUCGAGUUGAAGCAGAAAACGCUGGAUAUGCUACAAAAGACCAAUACCGAUCUCAAUGCCAGCCUGACACGGAAAGAUGACGAUAUUCGCACUCUGGAGUCCACGGUCUACGACCUGCGCAGUCAAGUCAAUAAUCUCCGCUCACAACUACAUCGCUCCCAGGAGACCGCUUCGUACCCGGAUGCUGCAGCCGGUUAUAAAGCGCAGGGUGAGUUGGCGGAACUGCGCCAGAAAGUCUUCACUCUGGAGCAGCAGUGUGAAUUCCACAAGAAGGAGCGCAACAAUACCCAGAGCGAGAAUGACCGGCUGCGGCAGAAGAUUCUGUCGUUGGAGCAGUCCCUGCAGCAGACCGAGGGCGAAUCGGACCGGCUGCGCUCGCGCAUCACCAGCGUGGAGCAGAUGUUCGAGCGCACUCAGGCGCAGGAUCAACAGUCCCAGGCGCAGAUGCAGCUGUUUAAGGAGCAGAGUGCCGUCGCGGCGGCGUCCCCGGCAAGUAAGGCGGAGGAGAACCGCCUACGGGCGCAGGUCGAGGAACUGCAGUCGCGUCUCAAGAACCAGAUGGAUGAGGACCAGAACCGGAUAUUCGAGUUACAGGAAGAGGUAGGCAAAGUGAGGAUGGAGAACGAGCGCCUACAACAAAAACUGCGUAAUCUUCAACAGCAACUCGAUGCGCUGAAAGAGGAGAAAGCCAUCAUCGAGCGCAACACCGAGCGCACAGCGCAAGACCACAGUCAAGUCCGUAUCGAAUCGGAACGCCUGCGACAAAAGGUCGUGGUCUUCGAACAGCAGAUUGAAACCCUCCGCAAAGAGAGCGAAAAGUACCAUGAGCGCUGCCGCCUCGUGGAGCAGCAGCUGGAGACAGCCAAACGCGAGCAAGUCCAAGCGGUAACCGAAACCGAACGCUGCAAGCAGCGGAUGACGCAGCUAGAACAGCAACUGGCGGAAGCCCGUUCCCAAGCUAACCAGAUAACGCGGGAAUACGAGGCCGCCAAGCAGCGCUACGCGUCGCUGGAGCAGCAGAUCGCCAAUCUAAAGAUUCAGAUCUCCGACACCCAGAAGGAGACGGAAUACUGGCGAAAGCAGAGCGAAGAGCUGGAGAAUCAGUUGCGCAAUACCAAGCAGCAGACGACCGCCAGUUCGCAGGAGACGGAAAAUUACCGCAGUCGGGUCACCGCUCUCGAACAACAACUGCAACAAGCCCGCGAGCGCACGAUUGGAUUGGAGACCGAGAUGGAAUCCUAUCGAGAAUACUGCACCAAACUGGAAGAACAGAUGCAACAAGUGCAGGACGAGGCCGAACAGCUGGCGCGGGAUGGGGAUAUUCUCAGGCAGAAGUGUGCCAGUCUGGAGAAACAAGCCCAACAGAACCAUAAUGACCGCGGCUCCGCCCAGGCGGAAACCGAACGGUUAAAUAAGCGAAUGCUGCAGCUGGAACAGCAGUUAGCCUCCACCACCAAAGAACGCGAUCAAGCGGCCCGUGAAGCCGAAUCCCUACGGAAGAUCUGCUCGCAGCAGGAUGAGCAGCUCAACCGUACCCGCCAAGAGCAGGACCAGUCCGGAUCGGAGGCCAACCGAUUGUUUACAUUGCUCAAAGAGGCCGAGGAGGAGAAGAUGGCCAAAGACCAACAGAUCAGCGCACUGCGCCAGGAACUGCAGCAGCUGCAGAGUCAAGCCGAGCAACUGCGGCGUGAACACGAUGCCGAUAAACGCCGCAGCCAAGAGCUGACGGAGCAACUGAAACGGCAGGCACAACAGCAGUCCGCCGCGCAGAUGCAAGGCACGGAGGAAAUUGCCACCCGGAUGCGCGAGAAGGAUGCACAGGUUGCUCAACUGGAAAGGGCGCUCGAGCAGAGUAGCUCCCUUACCAUGGAACGCGAGAUGAUUGUAGCUCAACAACUGGAAAGGCUCCAAGUUGCUGAGGAAAAGGUCCAACAAUAUGAGCAACAGUUUAAGGAGAUUGAGAAAGCGUACAACGAGAUUGCUGCGGAGCUGACUCGUCUUCAAACGCAAUCAGCCGGCAAGGAAGACCAGAUUGCUCGUCUUAUGGAAGAUAGAAUAGAAAUGGAAAAUGAACUGCAAAGACUCACGCAAGACUGUCUUUUGGCGGCUAUAAGUGAAAAAAUGGCGCAUAUUGAACUGAAAGAAACUGGACCGAAAAAUGUGCGAACUGCCGACGAACUGCGCCAACUGCGCACCGAAAAGGAAAACCUGGAAAGGAGACUAUCACAAAUGCCUCCUCCUCCUCCCAAAGCAAAGCCUUCCCAAUCCCAACCACCCCAAAGAAAGUGAAAUUAGUCCUCGCGCUGUUUCUGCGUUUUCCCAAAGCGUUACAGACCUCUCUAUGGAAACCAAAGCAAUAUUUCCGGAUCUUUUUUGUGACCAUUCCUGAUGCUCCGCAGUGUGGCGGACAUCUGUGCGGCCUACGGGAAAUACCCCACCGGUUGACCGGUGUUCUUGCUUCCAUUUUAGGAACGCUAAAUUAUGAAGAAUAUUUCUCAACUGUGCUUUUAUGAUGACCCGGUUUUAGUUUGAAAAAGGAAAAUCUAGCUUGGCUUGUUUAAAAAAACUUAUUUAACAAAUGCGAAUGCUCUUUAUACACUUCGUUUCCCUUGGUAUGCUAAGCUGUUUAUACAUUCCAGUGAACUUGUACCAAAGAUUUUGUCGAAGACUGUAUUGAACCGGUGCCUGUUUGUCCUUGCAAGUGGCCGUUGUUGUCAUGAUUAUGCAUUUCUGGCGAGUUAAACUUAUUG